ACCAAAACCACUCAAUGGGAGGAUCCUCGUCUACAAAGCCCAGCCAUCACAGGGCCUGUGAGUAUCUGUGGGUAAAGAUGAGGCAAAGAUACUGUCACCAUCAUACAGUAUUGUACAUGACAAAUAUACUAUAUUUCAUGACCAAGAUAAGCCACUCUCUCUAUAUAGAAUAGACAGUUAUUGACUGAUAUUUGUUUAUUUCAUUGCAGGCUGUGCCGUACUCCAGAGAAUUCAAACAGAAAUACGACUACUUCAGAAAGAAGUUGAAGAAACCGGUAAGAAAUAUUACCUUGCUGUACUCUGUAUGUAAUUGACCAGUUUAGUCAAUUACAUGUGGGUACGUUUUCAGAGUAUGGUAUGCAAUCCAGGUGAAAUUGUGAAUUAUUUCACUGUUAAGUGAAAGUGUAAAAACACUUCACCUUACCUCACACAUUCUAAUUAUCAUUAUUAAUGUAAAGAGAAACUUCCUCUCAUUCCUCUCUCUGCGUGUAUUUCCUGGUUAGAACCUAUACACUGAAGAAGGAUUUUAGUUUUGUGUAUGAUCCAUUAGAAAAAUAAUAAAUAAAACAAAUUAAAAAGUAAACUUUUAGAAACUACUUUUUAAAGUGGACCUGUAUUUUUUUGUAUUCCCUUUAGAAACACUGGAUGUGCAUUUUAAAUAUUUUCGUAUGUAUAUAUUGUGUGUGUGUCUCUCUUUCUCUCUCACUCGCUCUCUGUGUCUUUAUGUGUAUGCUUUCUAUCCAUGUGCUCAUGCGUCUCCGUGUGUGAAUCCCCAGGUGGACAUCCCCAAUAGGUUUGAGAUGAAGCUGCACAGGACCAACAUCUUUGAGGAGUCGUACCGACGCAUCAUGUCUCUGAAGAGACCAGACAUCCUGAAGGCCCGCCUCUGGAUCGAAUUUGAAUCAGAGAAGGGCCUGGACUACGGGGGCGUGGCCAGGGAAUGGUUCUUCCUGCUCUCCAAAGAGAUGUUUAACCCUUACUAUGGACUGUUUGAAUACUCAGCCACGUGAGUCUGGGGCUGGGCUUUGUUGAAAAUCAAGGGAUAAAUAUAUUUCAUUAUUUGAAAUGACUGAACAAAUUAAGCAGUGUGGCUUUAAAGAUAUAGUGCGAGAUUUUGUCAAUUAAGUCCCUUUUCUACUUACCCAGAGUUAGAUGAAGUGACUGCUAAGCAAUUGCGCUAACGCUACUUAGCAUCUUCAUUCAAACUGCACACAGAGACAUAAAAAUAGUGUCCAUGAGUUCAUCUGACUCUGGGUAGAAAAGGGGUUUAGGGACAGAUUAAAAUGUACAGAAUGGCUACCUGGAGGAGAAUGGGGGGGUCAUGCUUUUUCAAUUUCAGUCAAGGUGAGAGUUUAAUAGUCCAGGGGAGGGUCAUGUAAUUUGUAAUUGAUGAAAUUUCUCUGUGUUUUAGAAUUAGUUGCUUAUUAAGCUAUAUAUCGAUGUGUGCCCGAUGCCACCCCUCAUCUCUGAUUCUCCACAGGGCGUGCAAUAUCAAUUGCGCUUAUAGGCUACUUAGUGUGGUCUGAAUCAAAUUAUCCAUAGGCUACGAAGUGCAUGCUCAUAGAAGCACAGAGCAAAGUAAUAUUGCUAAGAAAGCUGCUGGGAUGGUGUAAAUGAAACUAGGCUGCAUUAGACACUGCAAUGGAUAUUCCAACCCUGAGCUCCGGCUUGCUCUGCUCUUGCUGAUCAAAAAACGUUUUGUGUGCUGCUUAACCAAUGGAUGUGCUGUGUAGGGCUACGGUGGCAGUUCAGGAGGAGAGUCAAAUGUUUCUUCUGAAAGUAAUCUUUGAUUAGGCCUAGUCCUUGCGCCUAUAGACUAUGUUCUGUUCAGUUUGAGAAGGAGAGUGCAGAUGGGAAGGAGGUCCGGAGGUAAACUCUGAUAGCUUACUACUACAAUAGUAUAUUUAAGCAAUAAGGCCCAAGGAGGUGUGGUAUAUGGCAGUUCUUAGGCACGACGCAACGCAGAGCCGUGGUAUAUUGGCCAUAUACCACAAACCCCUGAGGUGCCUUAUUGCUAUUAUAAACUGGUUACCAACGUAAUUAGAGCAGUAAAAUGAAAUGUUUUGUCAUACCCGUGGUAUACGGUCUGAUAUACCAAUCAGCAUUCAGGGCUUGAACCACCCAGUUUAUAAAGUCAUAUAUAAUUGGUUUUAUUAAAAACAAUGUGUUUCUUGCCCAUGAUGUAUUUAUCAGAGUUAUUGACCUCACAAUAAUCUAGAUUCGUGUAACUUACAUUGUGGUGCUGAAACUUGAAGCAGCAGCCACGGCACAAUCAUUUGGAAAUGGACAGCUCAUGGUGCUGAAAGUAGGCAAAUUCGAGUAGGCAUAAUUCAUUAAAAUAGUCUUCCUUUUUUAUUAGACUUUACUAACAACAAGAGGGCUUUGUGUUGGAGCCUGUUUCUUCCUAGUUAAGAAAUAAGAGGUAGGCCUACCUGUUUGACAGAUGAAAUUAGGCUAUAGGCUGCUAUAUCCAUAGAUUUGUAAUGGAGACGCAGGGAGUCAGGAAGCAGGUGCAGUUGGUGAGUUUAAUAAUAACAAUCAUGGAGAGAUACAAGACAAGAAAACCAAUACUGCCUGAUGAAUGAGUGCUAGAUAAAGGGGAAGUAAUCAAGGUAGUGAUGAAGUCCAGGUGUGCAUAAUGAUGGUGCGCAGGUGUCCAUAAUGAUUGUUGCCAGGUGUGCGUAAUGAUGGGUUGCCAGGUCCGGUGGUUAGUAUACCGGUGACGUUGAGCGCCAGAGCGGGAGUAUGCAUGACAAGAUUUGUCAGCCAAUUCCUCCACCCACCAUGCACUCUUUAAAAAUCCUACCUCCGUGUCAUUGAAGGGCUCUUAAGUUAAAACCAAAACUCGAAUUGAGGGGGUGUGAGAGGGUAUGCCCUAGGCCUACCUUUUAUUAAAGAAAAUGGCAAAAAGAACAGGCCUACCCUUUGUUAGUUUAAGAUUUUGAAGAAAAUUAAAACGGAUCCGAUUAUAUAAUGUGAUCGAUAACAACGCUUUGGUCCACAAUGCUUUAUGCUAGAAACAAGCUCUAAAUUACCCGGGAAAGACUUGACUCUGAAGCAUACGCAACGAUCAUAGUUUAGUUUCUUUGACAUUCAGAGGCUGACUUUGCUUGGGAAGUAAUCUAAUUCUGUCACUAUCAAUUGAUUAAGCUAUUCAUUUUCUGUACAAUAGAAGACGUUUAAACCCAGACAGCUUUUAGGGAAACACUUGUGACCUUCUCUCGUUGAAGAGUAGCCAGCAGUUAAAGCUUAAAUGUUUCUACUUCGGUAGACCUACUCUGUCUGGGGUGGAAAGGUAGGCCUAACUUUUGAAAGUAGGCUACCAUGCUCAGAUUCCUAAUGACAGGGACAGUUUCGUUGCAAACAAGACACACUGAUUUGGCAUUGGAGAAAUAUGAUAAAAUGAACACAUAGGCCUAUCUCUCUGUCCAUUCUUAGCCUGUAAUUUCGGUAAUUUGUGUGGUAUUAAAAAGAUUCCGCUAAUAUGUAAAAUUACGCAGAAUUGCAUGACAUUUUUAUAAAAGUCCAUUUUUUUCUCGGACCUGCAAAUACGAUGAUUGAUUCAUGCAAUGCUUUUACUAUAUACUGUAGGAGAUCUUUCCACCCCUACUCUUGUCCACGACCUUCUGUCCCGCAGCCCUGUGCACUAUAAAAAUUCCUGCGUUGCCAUUGUAAUGCUUAAAGGACGAAGAACAGUUUCUAAAACGGCAUAUCUAUGGCUCUGAUCUGUCCAAGAAGUGAGGGUAAACGGUUGACAUGUUCUCUGCUGUCUACUUUGUUUUAAUUAUUAUUUUGGGAAUAGGGGAGGGUCACUUUUUUUUCCAAGCGUUCAGGGAAAGGUUUAGUUAAAAUAUAUUUUGCUGAACGGAGGGCCAUCCAUUUUCAUUUCAGAGAGGUCCGAUUUUAUCCAUGUAACCCUUAUUAUAAGUAAUGUUCACUCCCGUAAUUGACAAAAUCUCAGACUAUCCUUUUAAGAAACGCUCACACAGAUGAAUUGCCUGAUCUGAAUGAAGAACAUCCUCUGUUGGGUUCCACUAAGUAUGUAAUCAAAAUAUAACAUAAGGUAUGCCUAAAUACAUCAUGUGCAGAGGCAGGAGGCCGAAUGAUAAGGCCAGGCACUGUUAAUUUUUCUUUGUCUAGAAACGCAGUGAGUGAUACUAGCAGCAAUGUAAGACACACAUACAGUUCCUCUCAUUAUAUUGGCUUCCUGAAAAGCCAUGCUAGUUUCCACUGAAUAUGUACUAUUUUCACCCUCAUUCAUCACAACCACAGACAUGAGCUGUGUUCGAAUACCCAUCCUAACAUUUGUUUUAUUUAAUUUUUUUAUUUAACCAGGUAAGCCAGUUGAGAACAAGUUCUCAUUUACAACUGCGACCUGGCCAAGAUAAUGCAAAGCUGUGCGAUAAAAACAACAACACAGAGUUACAUAUGGGGUAAAACAAAACAUAAAGUCCAAAAUACAACAGAAAAUAUAUAUACAGUGUGUGUAAAUGUAGCAAGUUAUGGAGGUAAGGCAAUAAAUAGGCUAUAGUGCAAAAUAAUUACAAUUAGUAUUAACACUGGAAUGAUAGAUGUGCAAGAGAUGAUGUGCAAAUAGAGAUACUGGGGUGCAAAUGAGCAAAAUAAAUAACAAUAUAGGGAUGAGGUAGUUGGGUGGGCUAAUUUCAGAUGGGCUGUGUACAGGUGCAGUGAUCAGUAAGGUGCUCUGACAACUGAUGCUUAAAGUUAGUGAGGGAGAUAAGAGUCCCCAGCUUCAGAGAUUUUUGCAAUUUGUUCCAGUCAUUGGCAGCAGAGAACUGGAAGGAAUAGCGGCCAAAGGAGGUGUUGGCUUUGGGGAUGACCAGUGAGAUAUACCUGCUGGAGCGCAUACUACGGGUGGGUGUUGCUAUGGUGACCAAUGAGCUAAGAUAAGGCAGGGAUUUGCCUAGCAGUGAUUUAUAGAUGGCCUGGAGCCAGUGGGUUUGGCGACGAAUAUGUAGUGAGGACCAGCCAACAAGAGCGAACAGGUCACAGUGGUGGGUAGUAUAUGGGGCUUUGGAGACAAAACGGAUGGCACUGUGAUAGACUACAUCCAAUUUGCUGAGUAGAGUGUUGGAGGCUAUUUUGUAAAUGACAUCGCCAAAGUCAAGGAUCGGUAGGAUAGUCAGUUUUACGAGGGCAUGUUUGGCAACAUGAGUGAAGGAGGCUUUGUUUCGAAAUAGGAUACCGAUUCUAGAUUUAACUUUGGAUUGGAGAUUCUUAAUGUGAGUCUGGAAGGAUACAUACUGUAUACUACAUACUUAAUGAGUAUAUACUACAUACUAUUAGUACAUUUUAGUAUACUGUAAACGAACGGUAUCCUUUCAGUUGAUGGUACUAGCGCUUCGCCUGUCUACCGGAAGUUGAUGCUGUUGCUAUGCAACCUCUUGCUAGCUUAUUAGCAUAACAAAUUACUAGCUAGACUUCGGUUGUGUUUGUAAAUUCAGUCUGGAGUGCCAGAGUGCGCUCUGGGCGUUCGUAAAUUCAGGGCGUUGUCAGAUUGUCCGUUCGUAAAUUUAGAGCGCACACUGGACGCUCUGGCCGAGGAGUAGGGUUGAUCCGAGCGUUCUGACCUCACAACGGCAGUCAAGCAUCCAAGCUAACUUGCUAGCUACUUCCAGACACAAAUGAGAGAACACCUCACUCUGACCAUUUUACUCGCCCUAGCAGAGCUGGUUAGGCAGUUUUCAUGUUAUCCAGAGCGUUGGUGACUGUACAGUGGGGGAAAAAAAGUAUUUAGUCAGCCACCAAUUGUGCAAGUUCUCCCACUUAAAAAGAUGAGAGAGGCCUGUAAUUUCCAUCAUAGGUACACGUCAACUAUGACAGACACAUUUAGAUUUUUUUUCUCCAGAAAAUCACAUUGUAGGAUUUUUAAUGAAUUUAUUUGCAAAUUAUGGUGGAAAAUAAGUAUUUGGUCAUCUACAAACAAGCAAGAUUUCUGGCUCUCACAGACCUGUAACUUCUUCUUUAAGAGGCUCCUCUGUCCUCCACUCGUUACCUGUAUUAAUGGCACCUGUUUGAAAUUGUUAUCAGUAUAAAAGACACCUGUCCACAACCUCAAACAGUCACACUCCAAACUCCACUAUGGCCAAGACCAAAGAGCUGUCAAAGGACACCAGAAACAAAAUUGUAGACCUGCACCAGGCUGGGAAGACUGAAUCUGCAAUAGGUUAGCAGCUUGGUUUGAAGAAAUCAACUGUGGGAGCAAUUAUUAGGAAAUGGAAGACAUACAAGACCACUGAUAAUCUCCCUCGAUCUGGGGCUCCACGCAAAAUCUCACCCGUGGGGUCAAAAUGAUCACAAGAACGGUGAGCAAAAAUCCCAGAACCAAACGGGGGGACCUAGCGAAUGACCUGCAGAGAGCUGGGACCAAAGUAACAAAGCCUACCAUCAGUAACACACUACACCGCCAGGGACUCAAAUCCUGCAGUGCCAGACGUGUCCCCCUGCUUAAGCCAGUACAUGUCCAGGCCCGUCUGAAGUUUGCUAGAGUGCAUUUGGAUGAUCCAGAAGAGGAUUGGGAGAAUGUCAUAUGGUCAGAUGAAACCAAAAUAGAACUUUUUGGUAAAAACUCAACUCGUCGUGUUUGGAGGACAAAGAAUGCUGAGUUGCUUCCAAAGAACACCAUACCUACUGUGAAGCAUGGGGGUGGAAACAUCAUGCUUUGGGGCUGUUUUUCUGCAAAGGGACCAGGACGACUGAUCCGUGUAAAGGAAAGAAUGAAUGGGGCCAUGUAUCGUGAGAUUUUGAGUGAAAACCUCCUUCCAUCAGCAAGGGCAUUGAAGAUGAAACGUGGCUGGGUCUUUCAGCAUGACAAUGAUCCCAAACACAAAGGAGUGGCUUCGUAAGAAGCAUUUCAAGAUCCUGGAGUGGCCUAGCCAGUCUCCAGAUCUCAACCCCAUAGAAAAUCUUUGGAGGGAGUUGAAAGUCUGUGUUGUCCAGCGACAGCCCCAAAACAUAAUUGCUCUAGAGGACAUCUGCAUGGAGGAAUGGGCCAAAAUAACAGCAACAGUGUGUGAAAACCUUGUGAAGACUUACAGAAAACGUUUGACCUGUGUCAUUGCCAACAAAGGGUAUAUAACAAAGUAUUGAGAAACUUUUGUUAUUGACCAAAUACUUAUUUUCCACCAUAAUUUGCAAAUACAUUCAUUAAAAAUCCUACAAUGUGAUUUUCUGGAUUUUUUUUCUUCUCAUUUUGUCUGUUAUAGUUUACGUGUACCUAUGAUGAAAAUUACAUGCCUCUCUCAUCUUUUUAAGUGGGAGAACUUGCACAAUUGGUGGCUGACUAAAUACUUUUUUUCCCCACUGUAACUGUGCUGCUGGCAACAAUUUACUGACACCGGCCACGUUCAACUGGUGUUGAGCGUUCGUAAAUUAAUAGGUUAUUCUGCACUCUGCCUCUGACACAGUCAGACGAGAGUGCUCUGAAAUCGGAAUGCACCCGAACGACUAAACCACUUAGCUAAGCUAUGAAUGACGUGAAUAAUCAAGUCAAUAAACGUUGGGUAGCUAGAUAGAUAGCAUAAAGUAUAUAUACUGGCAAGUUCGAUGUACUAGUAGCCAACUAACGUUGCAGUAGGUAGGUAACAUACCCGGUACAUACUGCUGUAAUGAUAUGCUAUGCACUUCGUAAGGAUAGCGUAGCUAACAAACUUAAUUUUCUUAACAUUUGUCAUAAUUAGUUAAAGCAACGAAUUUGUAUCUGCUCUCUUCGGACUUCGGCUGCAUAUUUUUUCCAUCUGAAAACGUUGUGAACCCACGCCCAUUUUCCGAAGAAUUGCAUUAUGUGCCCUAACAUCACGGAAAAUAGUGUCCAUUGCUUGUAUACUUCGUAUUUUGGCUAAUGUAUUACGACAUCCGGGAACUUUUGGCAUGCUAACUAUAUCCAUACUAUGACUAAUAAGCAUACUACAUACUCAAUUUACGUCACAAAUAGUAUGGUUAGUGCAGUUAGUAUGAGUAUUCGAACACAGCUAUAGUCUUUUUGACCAAAAAUGGCAGUUUGCACAUUACUGUUUUCUCUCCAUUUACUUAUAAAUAUAGUGUUUUUAAGAUUUGUAUCUCACAAUUAAAUCUUGAUCCUGGCCUUAGGAAGUAACUUCAGAUCAUUGACCUCUGACCUAUUAUACAGUUUUGGGCACCAAAAAGUGAUGUUGUGCCAUGGUAUUGAGAGAACAAUUACUGCAAUGCAUGUGCAACACUGAACUGUAGUGUCUUCUAGCGAUACUUUGAUAAUUUUUUUUGUCACAGUACAGGGUUUUGAAAAACAUACUUUUCACUGCCAGCAACUGUACCCUCUGUUCUGUCUUUUGUCCCUACAGAGAUAACUACACACUACAGAUCAACCCUAACUCUGGGCUGUGUAACGAGGACCACCUUUCAUACUUCAAGUUCAUUGGUCGAGUGGCAGGGAUGGCUGUGUUCCAUGGGAAGCUAUUAGACGGUAAGCUGCUCGGCUCACCUUGAUGACAACACCUUGAUAACAACAAUCAUAAGACAUUAGUUGAUAUUAUACCAUGGCGUUGUUGAAUACUUGUUUCUGAUUGGCUUGAAAAAUGUAGCAACAUUUUGUCCCCAGAUCUUACAUUGUCUUCUCUCUCUCCAGGCUUCUUCAUCAGGCCAUUCUACAAGAUGAUGCUGGGGAAACAGAUCACACUGAAAGACAUGGAGUCAGUGGUGAGUGAGGCCUCAUAUCCAUCUCACUAUCUACAAUGUCUUCAGAAAGUAUUCACACCUCUUGACUUUUUACAAAUUUUAUUUUGUUACAAAUUGGGAUUAAAAUUGAUUUAAUUGUCUUUCUUUUUCAAAGAACCACACAAAAUACUCUAAUGUCAAAAGUGGAAGAAAAAUUCUAACACACACACACAAAAAUAUAUAUAUAUAGUAUUCAACCCCCUGAGUCAAUACAUGUUAGAAUCACCUUUGGCAGCGAUUACAGCUGAGUGUUUUUGGGUAAGUCUCUAAGAGCUUUGCACACCUGUAUUGUACAAUAGUAUUAUUCUUGAAACUCUUCAAAUCAAAUCAAAUCAAAUCAAAUUUUAUUGGUCACAUGCGCCGAAUACAACAGGUGCAGACAUUACAGUGAAAUGCUUACUUACAGCCCUUAACCAACAGUGCAUUUAUUUUAAGCAAAAAAAGUAAAAAUAAAACAACAACAACAACAACAAAAAAGUGUUGAGAAAAAAAGAGCAGAAGUAAAAUAAAGUGACAGUAGGGAGGCUAUAUUUACAGGGGGGUACCGUUGCAGAGUCAAUGUGCGGGGGCACCGGCUAGUUGAGGUAGUUGAGGUAAUAUGUACAUGUGGGUAGAGUUAAAGUGACUAUGCAUAAAUACUUAACAGAGUAGCAGCAGCGUAAAAAGGAUGGGGUGGGGGGGCAGUGCAAAUAGUCCGGGUAGCCAUGAUUAGCUGUUCAGGAGUCUUAUGGCUUGGGGGUAGAAGCUGUUGAGAAGUCUUUUGGACCUAGACUUGGCACUCCGGUACCGCUUGCCGUGCGGUAGCAGAGAGAACAGUCUAUGACUAGGGUGGCUGGAGUCUUUGACAAUUUUGAGGGCCUUCCUCUGACACCGCCUGGUAUAGAGGUCCUGGAUGGCAGGAAGCUUGGCCCCAGUGAUGUACUGGGUUGUACGCACUACCCUCUGUAGUGCCUUGCGGUCGGAGGCCAAGCAGUUGCCAUACCAGGCGGUGAUGCAACCAGUCAGGAUGCUCUCGAUGGUGCAGCUGUAGAAUUUUUUGAGGAUCUGAGGACCCAUGCCAAAUCUUUUUAGUCUCCUGAGGGGGAAUAGGCUUUGUCGUGCCCUCUUCACGACUGUCUUGGUGUGUUUGGACCAAGCUCUGUCAAGUUGAUUGUUGAGCAUUGCCAUACAUUUUCAAGUCGAUUUAAGUCAAAACUCUAACUAGGCCACUCAGGAACAUUCAAUGUCAUCUUGGUAAGCAACUCCAGUGUAUAUUUGGCCUUGAGUUGUAGGUUAUUGUCCUGCUGAAAGGUGAAUUUAUCUCCCAGUGUCUGUUGGAAAGCAGACUAAACCAGGUUUUCCUCUAGGAUUUUGCCUGUGCUUAGCUAUAUUCUGUUUAUUUUUAUCCUAAAAAACUCCCUUGCCAAUGAUGAGCAUAUCCAUAACAUAAUGCAGCCACCACCAUGCUUGAAAAUAUGAACAGUGGUACACAGUGAUGUGUUGGAUUUGCCCCAAACAUAAUGCUUUGUAUUCAGGACAAAAAGUGAAUUUCUUUGACAUAUUUUUUGCAGUAUUACUUUAGUGCCUUAUUGUAAACAGAAUGCUUGUUUUUGAAUAUUUUUUAUUCUGUAGAGACUUCCUUCUUUUCACUCUGUCAACUACAAUGUUGUUGAUCCAUUUUCUCCUAUCACAGCCAUUAAACUCUGUAACUGUGCAGGAUCAGGUCGACCCAGGAUUGUCCAAUGAGGUUGUGACGUUGUACACUACUGGCUUAAAAGUAUACAAAAUACCGCUGUCGCAUCUCUUUAAGCAGUUGUCCAGUUCGUACAGACUGCUCCCGAAGCAUACAGAUUCAGGGGUGUCAGACUUAAGACUUGAAACUCAAAGGGUGGUCCUCUGUAGCUCAGCUGGUAGAGCACAGCGCUUGUAACGCCAAGGUAGUGGGUUCGAUCCCCGGGACCACCCAUACACAAAAAAAUUAUGCACGCAUGACUGUAAGUCGCUUUGGAUAAAAGCGUCUGCUAAAUGGCAUAUUAUUAUUAUUAUAAAGGCAAUUAGACGUGUUCUAUAUGUAAUUUCGUUCCCUAACACUCUAACCCUGUAGGACAGUGAAUACUACAACUCUCUGAAGUGGAUCUUGGAGAAUGAUCCUACUGAGCUCGACCUGCGAUUCUGUAUCGAUGAGGAUAACUUUGGACAAACGUACCAGGUGUAUCUGAAACCCAGUGGUAGUGAUAUGGUGGUCACCAAUGACAACAAAAUGGAAUACAUAGAGUAAGUUAACACAUCUUUCAUAUUGAAUCACACACAGUGUUAAAUGUAAUGCCCUAUAAUUUAGUUACAUCCCUUGGGGUAUUAUAAUAAUCUUAUUCAAGACUCAAUAUUCCAGUGUAUUUGUAAUUUCUUGGUAUUAAAAAUACAUGCAUUAGAAGUCUUUGUAGAUAAUGGCUAUGUCAUGAUAUGAUAUUACUCCAUUGUUAUAGUAUAUCAACUAUUAUAUAGGUUUGCACUAAUUAUAUGUUCUGCCUCCUAACAGCCUUGUCAUCCAGUGGCGGUUUGUGAACCGGGUUCAGAAACAGAUGAACGCCUUCUUG